AUGCUGAUCUUGUCCGGCCUGGUCGCUUGUGCCGCCGCCUCACUGGUGGUGCCAGGCCCCGUGGUAGUGCGUGCCCCCUCCCACAACUCUGCCAUCAUCCAGAGCCACCGUCUGGGCGGCAACUUCGCCUACUCCACCCACGAGGCUCACGCCUACGCCGUGCAGACACCCGUCAUCGGCCAGCGCACCGUGCCCGUCGGCGUCUCCUACCACCACGGCGUCCCCGUUGUCAAGACCUCCACUGACUACAUCACCCACAAGAUCCCCCAGAUCGCCUACACCUACCCACAGGUCGCCGUGCAGGCUGCCGUGCCCCAAGUUGCCGUGCAUGCUGCCGUACCCCAAGUUGCCCUGCAGGCUGCCGUGCCCCAGGUUGCCACCUACGCCGCUGGACUGCCCUUUGCCGGCAACUACGCUGCUGGUCUGCCUUUUGCCGGCACCUACGGCGCUGUGCCUUACCCCUACGCCGCCGUCGUCGCCGCUAAGCCUGAUGAGCCCGCCGCUGAGGAGGUCUAA